AUGGUGAGUCACCCCCACUCAAAACGCCCUUUUCGGACUUUUCAUUGGCUGCGAAGGGGCAAACCGAACGCAGAUCGAAUCGGAGGUCCAGAUUCACCUGAAAAGCCCAUAGCGUCCGAUCUCGGGUCUCCAACCCCAGGAAAAAAUCCACUGUUGGAUUUUUUGGCCCCGAGCUCGAACAGGCGGACAGUUGGGAGGGGCCAGCGAGUUUGGCUGGGCCUUCCGGCUGCCGGCGCGGUGGGCACCAUUUCCCCUUGA